CUCUCUCUCUCUCUCUCUCUCUCUCUCUCCAGUAGAUGGGAAGAAAACAGAGUAUGCAAACCCAAUACUAAAAACAGAAUCUCCUUGGUUUAAAAAAAAUAGAAAUCAGGAAGGCAGUAAAUGCAUAGCACCAUAUAUCUGUUGCAACCUGAAAGGCAGAGGAGACUGGAAGGUGGUGUCGGGGGAGAAUGUGGCUAGGCUGUGGAUGGUAGGCUGUCACAUGGCUUUAGAAAUCAAGAAAUGGAAACAAGUGAAGGCUGAGCCAAGGAUUAAAUGGUGAAUGUUGAGGAAGUAAGAAUGUCACACAGAGUUCAUGAAGGAGUUGCGACAGCCUCUGAGGAGUAGCGAAGAGUUAGCAGAUGACUGGGAAGGUACAGCUGCAGGGCUGAGGGAAACUGGCAGCAAGAUGUUUGGUGCUCUACAAAGAAAAAUAUUCAAAGAACAAAGGUUAACAAAGAAAAAGCGGGAUAGUGAGGGAGAUGAAGAAAGUAGACAGGAGUACUGGGAAACUAGGUGUAGAGCAAAGAUGGCAGACAAUGGCAAAGGUUGUAUUCAGUGUUGGGGUCAUUACUCAAAAUAGUAAUCUAUUAUACAACAUGAGUUAGUGAAAUCAUACUUCAGAAUCAGUUUUAGUAGCAAGGAAGUUAUUGCUCUUUUAACGCGUAAACACAGUGUGGUAAUGAGUAUAAGGGCAUCCAGGAAAUUGUGCAAUGAACAGAUGCAAGAAUACUGAUGUUUACACCCUUGUGCAAUAAGGACGAUGCAUGUUGUAUCAGAAUACACAAUAACACAGCUGAUCAAGUUGUUUCACUAACUGAUCUACACAAGGAAAUUUGUUGAGGGUAUAGGAAUUGUGUCAGUUGUUUGAAUUGAAACAAUAACUGUAAUCUGCCCAUUUCAACUUUAAUCUCAAAAUGAACAUUUUUUUUAAAUGUGCCGCUCUUACUCCUUCCUACAUUACGUACAUAAAGUUAAGGUGCACCCCAGUGUGGACAGCAGUUCUGUUAUACAACAGCUUGUUUUCAUACAGUUUCAUUCCUGUAACUUUAAUAUGCCCUCAUUUGUCCAAGUAGGGCUGCUGGAGUCUCUUGUUUACUUUAGAUAAAAUCUGCAUGGAACAAGGACUGUGGUAUUUGGUCCCAUCAGUUAUACUGAAAUAAUGUGAGAACAGGGAUGUAAAGGCAAUUUGGUGCUUUGGUUGGGCUUAAAAGAGCUAAGUUAUGUAGACAUUACUUGACAAAUCUAAACAAGGUUACAGAAACUCAGUAGCUCCAGAAGGACAAAUAACAGGAAAAAUCAGUGGAAAACAAAUCCCCCGGUGCCAUGUUACUUCCUCCACAGGAAAGACUAAGAAGUUCUAUGGUAAGAUAACUUGCUUCACUUCUCCAGACCCUAUUGGGUGUCCCGGCUGUUUGAUGGACUCUUUGCUGUGAGUUGCUAGCACAAGUUUACUUCCCUUGCUUCUGUGCUUUCUUUCAGUCUGUAGAAGAAGAGGAAAAAAAUGGAGUACAAAAAAAGAGUGCUUCUUGCUACAAUAUUUUUUUUCACAGCUGUCUGCUACAAAGUGACAGCACAGGAAACAAGGCUACUGGAUUUUCUAAAUAGCACAAAUGUUGUAGAUGACCAGUACAAAGGAUGUCGUGAAGAGGCCAUGAAGAAGUUCAUCGAGUCAGAUGUGUUAAAACGAGAGCUAAAUAACAGUGAAGGAUUUCAGAAAGCGUGGAAUAAAAGUAACGAGUGUUCAAAGCAGAUCCCUGGAGGAAGAAAAGAGCAUAGUGCUGCACUUUCAGUCUAUCUUAAAGCGGAUAAAUCGUUCAUACAAACACUGAACAAAGCAAUAGAGACAAUGGGUGGAAAUGUUAGCAUCUAUGAAAACCGCUUCAACUUCAAGUCUCUUCAUUUCCUGCUGAUGGACUCCAUGAGGCUGCUGAAGCCAAAGGAGUGCAAGAACGUUUAUGUUUUUCAAGAUGGUCAAAACAAACCACAGAAAGGCUCCACAGUGAGAUUUACAAGUUUCACUUUAGCUUAUUCAGACUAUGAAGAGCUAAAGAGUCUUGAAGAUGUCAAUGAGAAUACUAUUUUAAAUCUCACUUCAUGCUUCUUUGUCAACCUGAAAGACUAUGUGUGCGGUCUAGAACAGGAUGAAAUACUCUUGUCUCCAGCAGAAGUUUUCACUGUGGAACAAGUGGAAACAAAAAGUACAUCGGAUGGUGACGAAUACCUUGAGAUUGAUUUGAAACAGUCAGGACUGAACAGCUCACACAACUGUUACAUCUUUCCACGGAGGUCAGGAGGGCAAGAGACUACCACAGCUGUCACAGAGCAAUUCAGUCUUCCAGGAGGGCAGAAAACUACCACAACUGUCACACAGCAAGUCAGUGUUCCAGGAGUGCAUGAGACUACCACAGUUGUCACAGACCGAAACAGGUCUCCUCCAGCUGUUGUCUCCACCCUGUGGCUUGUAUCAGUGCUUGCGGCCUUAUCUUUGUUUUCUUUAGCUGUUUAGCAAAAACAGUUUUCAUUCAGAGUUUCAGAGUUUUAUCAUCUACAGUAUUGCUGUGAUUCUUCAUACAAUUGUUUUACAUGUUAUCUGACUGAUUGUGUUGAAUUAGUUGUCUUAGCAGCAAUUUUCUGUUUCUGUCAUAUGUUAUGAAUUAUAGACUUCGUGACUUCAGAAUAUUUGAUAAAGAUUUUAAAGGGAUGCAGAAAAUUGGUGUAAAACACAGUGGGUUCAAAUUUCAGGCUCAUGUGCAGCUGCUGUCAAGACCAACUAGAAAUAAUCUGCAAUCAUGAGAUGCUUUUAUUUGUUCUUAUGGUCACAUGGUCGAUAGAUAUAUAUUGAUAGGUUUUAUAGACUUUAUUAAGCCUGCACAGUUCAUUUGUUCUAGCGGCACAGGGGUCAGCAAGAAAAAAGGUGAAUUUGAUAUAGAUUAGAAAAGAAAUAAGAAAAAAUGUAUACAGAUUAAAAAAACAACAAAAUACUAUAGAAAAGUGUAUGUUACUGUAGUAAAAUACACUGCAAGACAUGUCACAGAGAUUAUGUUAUAUGUAUAUAAAGUGCAGUGGGACCGAUAACAUAUACACGUAUGUAUUUUAGUAGGUAUCUGUGAUGUGUGCGCAUUGUACUGUCUGACUGAUUUGAAGGACUUACGACAGCGCUCUGUCCUAAACAGUCGCUGAUGCUCUUCCUGCCAAACUGCUUCUGUUUCCCUGUCAAAUAAACAACAUGCAAAAUAUAAAA